AAGAAGAAUUUUACGACAUGACAUAACCCAUAUUUCUAUAUUUUGAUUUAAAUAUUUAAAAAAUGUCUAGAAUAUCUAGCAUAUGUAAGAGAAUAAGUGAUUUAGGAAAUUUCCAUCAAAAUAUACAGCCGCGUUUCCAGAGUUUCAAACACCUUCAAGUAAGGCAUUGCUCCCUCAAAAAUACUCCACAACCUCCCAAAGGUCCCAAAGGCUUAGCUAAAGGUAUUGGGCCAAUUACAUGGAGAAAUUUAGCUAUUACUUCAGGAAUAGGUGCAGGCUUACUUGGAUUUAUGUGGUAUGUAAAGAAAGAAAAAGAAGCAGCUCAGGAGAAGGAAAGAAAACGAAUGUUAGGUAAAGCGUCUAUAGGGGGGCGUUUUGAACUUGUAGACAGCACAGGACAAGAACGAAAAAGUGAAGAAUUUUUAGGGAAAUGGUUAUUAAUAUAUUUUGGGUUUACCCAUUGUCCAGAUAUAUGUCCAGAUGAAUUAGAAAAAAUGUCUGCUGUGAUAAAUCUUUUAGAUAGUGAAGAAAAUAUCCCAAAAAUACAACCUCUUUUUAUAUCGGUGGAUCCCACAAGAGACAGUCCAGAAAUAGUAGGAAAAUAUUGCAAAGAAUUUAGUCCCCGAUUGUUAGGGCUGACGGGCACAUCAGACCAAGUGGCCCAGGCAUGUAAAGCAUACAGAGUAUACUAUAGUGCUGGGCCUAAGGACAAAGACAGUGAUUACAUAGUGGAUCACACAAUAAUUAUGUAUUUUGUAAACCCAGAUGGUGAAUUUGUCGAUUACUAUGGGCAAAACAGGACAUCCUCUGAAAUAGUUACAUCAAUUAAGAUUCACAUUUCCAAAUAUGAUUAUAAUAAAAACAGUUGGUUCUCUUAAAAAAAAUCUUAAAUUGUUACCUGCCAUUUCCUUUUAUUAUUGUUUUGUGAACCGUUUGUUGGCAAUUAAAAGCAUUUAAUUUUGUAGCCUUGAUAAAAUAAAUCAGUAUUUAUCUCCAUUCAUAAA